GUUAAAUUACUUUAUUAUGGAUUCUGAGAUAGUAAGAAGGGAAAAAUGGGUAUCCAACAAAGAAGUAAGCAAACUUUAUAAUUAGAAAUUGGAUGUUAAAGAAGAGAUUCAAAUUUCACAGUUAAUCUUUUUAACUCAAGUGUCUAUGCAUUUUAAUAAAAUCUUCCCCACUUAAGGAAGAAGAGGUUUUUGUCCUCAAAGAAUGUGAACAUCUAUAGUUUCUAUUGUGGCCAAAACCUUCAAGGAGAUGUAUAUUAUCUGGAAAACCACAUCACUUAAUAUUAGAUGGGCUACCUGGUGUAAAUGACCUCAUAAAGCCUCCGCCACCCUGAAGUUCUGGGACGUACUGAUUUAUGACUUGGGUUUGGUCCUCAGAGGCUCAUGGGUAGAGAAAACCAGACAUGGAUGUGUGAAUUCAUUCUGCUUGGAUUGUCCAGUGCCUGGGAGACUCAGGUCUUCCUCUUUGUCCUGUUCCUGGCCAUGUAUCUGGUAACUGUGCUGGGGAACUUGCUCAUCCUCCUCCUUAUCAGGCUGGACAGCAGGCUCAAUACACCCAUGUACUUCUUCCUUGGUAUCCUGUCAUUUGUGGACAUCUGUUAUACCAAUAGCACUGUCCCACAGAUGCUUGUUCACUUUCUGUCAGCCCAGAAGUCCAUCCCAUUCCACGGUUGUAUGCUCCAGCUGUGUGUCUCCCUGGCAAUGGGCAGCAUGGAGUUCUUCCUGCUGGGGGCCAUGGCCUAUGACCGCUACGUGGCCGUGUGCCACCCACUGCACUACACGGUCAUCAUGCAUGGAGGGCUGUGCCUGGGGCUGGUGGCCGGCUGCCUGGUGGCUGGUUUCAUGAAUUCCCUGAUGCAAACAAUUAUCACCUUCCAGCUUCCCCUGUGUCACAAUGUUAUUAAUCACUUUGCCUGUGAGACCUUAGCAGUGCUACGACUAGCCUGUGUGGACGUCUCCUUCAACAAGGCCAUGGUGGCCAUCUCAGGGUUUCUGGUGAUCCUGCUUCCCUGUUCACUGGUCCUAUUCUCCUAUGCUCACAUAGUUGCUGCCAUUCUUCAUAUUCCUUCUGCCCAGGGACGCCGCAAAGCCUUUGGGACCUGCACAUCUCACCUCACUGUGGUUGGCAUGUGCUUUGGGGCUACAAUAUUCACCUACAUGAGACCUGCGGGUGGCUCCUCCCUGGAACAGGAGAAGAUGGUUGCCCUUUUUUAUGCCAUUGUGACUCCAAUCCUUAAUCCCUUAAUCUACAGCCUGAGGAACAAUGAUGUGCGGAGUGCCUUACAAAGAGUGUUGGAAAAACUUAGUGGAAAAGGAUAAAGAUUCAAUGAAUUUCUCCUCCCCUCCAACAGUCCAAAGAAAGACAUUACAAAGAAGAAAUGAUUGCUAUGCCCUUUCUCCUAAGAUUUUCUGAUAAGGUAGACCAUGGUGAGCAUGUUUUUGUAGACUGGCUCUGGCACUAUAGUUCUGACUAAGAAUCACAGCCCUGUUAAAUAUGUGGCAAGAAAACAAAAACAAAAAAUUCCAAUUGUUAAACUGGGGUCUGCUUGGGAAUCUAUCCUCCUAGACUUCACACACUUCCUUUAUUUCAGGAAAUGUAAUGCGGGCAGGGUGAAGAGUUUCUGAGUGAGACCAGCCACACUUUGUAUCUUCACCCUACCUCUCACCAACAAUGUGGCUUUCAACAAUCUCUGACCUCUAGUUCCCUCAGCUAUUAAAAGAAAUCAUAAUAUCUAACGUGUGAUUAUUUUGAAGAUUAUAGAUAAUCUUUUUAAAACACCUGGCAGAGUGGUUGGCAUAGAGUAGAUAUUCAACUACUUAAAAAAGAUUUUAGGGUGUAAUUACAGGGCUAAGUAUUAUGUAAUCUUCUCUCUCCCAUAUAGUUAUUCAAAAUGGACUUAAAAAAAUUACUGUGGAUAUAGUGGCUUGCUGUUCUCUGUAUGUUCUAAGUGAUCUUACCCAGACUCGUGGCAUCUAUCAUCUAUCUAUCCAUACAUCUAUGCUGAAGUUCUUAAUUUUCUUAGUUCCAGGAUAGAGAAAAUGUUUCUGAUGGGCUCCAAACACAUGUGUCCAAUCACUUGCUUAAUAACAGCUAUGGAAAAUGAAUCACAUUCUUAACAUAGCUAAACUGGUAUUAUUGUGCUUGCAUCCUCUAGGGCAAACCGCUUGUCUCUUGCCCCAGUAUACCGUCACUAUAUUAGUAAAAGGAACAUGCUCAGAAUAAUUCUGGAUUCCUUCCCUUUAUAUCCAAUUGUCAAUGGAUUCUGUUAACUUUAUCAACAAAAUAUAUGACCGAUCUGCUUUCUCUGUUUCCAUCUCUACUUUCUACAUUUUAUUCUUUACACAAUAGCUUUAUUUUUUAAAUUACUAUUUGUUUUUUAUGUAAAAUAAAAUACAGAAGCAGAAAGCCACACUAAACACUUGUGUAACUUAGCGAAUUACUAUUAGCCAAGCUCCUUGUAAGCACUGCUCAGGUCAAAAACAGAACUACCAGCUACUGCAGAAGCCUCUCCAUGUGCCCCAUCCUAAUCACCCAAUCCCAAUAGUAACUACUAUCCUGAUCUUUGUAGUAAUCACUUUCUUGCAUUUCUUUAUGGCUUUAAUGCCCGAACAAACAUCCCUGGUCAUUCUAGUUUAGUUCUGCACAUUUCCACUUGGUGUGUCUUCAAAGUCUCUUCAACCUGUUGUUCCCCUCCAACUCUUUCUUUUUCCUGCAAUUUAUUUGUCGGGUAACCUGGGCCCUUUGACCUGGCGAGGACAUCUUUAUCUUAGAAAAUAAAUUAGGCUACAUCUCCUUCUUCGAACAAAAUCCAAAGUCUUCCUGUGCGGAGCCUGUUAUGGUCCAGCUGCUGUUCCCUCCCCAUUUGC